UUAUACACAUGGAAGGUGAAAAGGAGCCGCACGCAAGCGUGUGUCCGAGAAGUGAGGCAAAGAAACUAUUUUCUACCUCGUUUAUCUGUCUUUCUAUCAUCAAACGCUAAUAGAGUAUAGACACCUGCGCGCGCGCGCGAAAGAGGAGGAAGAAAAAGAGAAGAGCGAGCGCGACGCCCUCUCGGCAGGCUCGACUCCGCGUUCGCGCGGGAAAUUGAGCGACUUUCGAGGUUAGCCCCGCGCGCGCGGAACUUCUCGGAAGAGUUCGAGGUGAGACUGCAGGAUCGUCGUGACUCCCGUCGACGAUGUCGAGUCCUAUGAGACCGCCGAGGACUCCGGUCCCACAGGACGACAGCCGUUCGCCGAGCGGCACGCCGGCCGUCACGCCGACCGGUACGCCGACCGGUACACCGACCGGCACACCGAGAGGCACGCCGAGGCGGCAGCCUCGGACGCCGACCUCCGUCAGGACACCCUCGGUCGCCGGGACGCCCAGCCUCGUCGGCUCCGUCAGAGGUACACCUCAGAGGAGACCGAGCAGUAUUCCGGUGGACACCCCGUUGCGAUGGGCCAACAACCGUCAGACGCACGAGACCAUCGCCUCCUCGGAGGGACUGUCCUCCGCGCUGCAGUCCUCGCCGAAUCGACAGGCGCAGACGAGUCCGCUCGCGGCGGGUAUGAGCGAGAUAGAGAUGUCCUCGCCGCUGAAUUACGGCACCCCCAGCUCCCUGGCGUCGAUUCGCACCCCCCGCAGCGGCGUCAGGGGUACGCCCGUGCGACAGAGACCGGACGUUCAGUCCGACAGGCGUGUGCGGCAGGUUAACCUGGCCGAACCUAUACCAGAGGAGGAUGCGGAUAGAACGUCGGAGGGUGAGAACGGCCCGCAGUUGACGAUCUGGGGCACGAGUGUCGUGGUGGAUCGCAUCAAGAGGCAAUUCAGACGCUUCGUUGUGUCAUUCAUCGAUCCGGAAGCGGAGAACGACGAGUUGCCUGAGAACAUGAACCUGUCGGAGCCGCUCUACACGCAGAAGCUCGAAGAGAUACAUGUACUGGAGGAGCCCUACUUGAAUGUAAACUGCGCCCAUCUCGAGGCGUUCGACGCGCAGCUCUACAACGAGCUGGUGCUGUAUCCCCAGGAGGUGAUACCGGCGUUCGAUCUGACCGCGAACGAAAUAUUCUUCGAGAAGUUCCCCGGCGCGGAGCUGGAGCACUCGAUUCAGGUGCGUCCGUACAACGUGACGCGGACCACGAGCAUGCGUCUGCUGAACCCGGAUGACAUAGACCGAUUGAUCACGGUUACCGGGAUGGUCAUUAGAACGUCGAACAUCAUGCCGGAGAUGCGCGAGGCGUUCUUCAAGUGCAUCGCGUGCGCCUUCACGACGACCGUGGUCAUCGACCGGGGCCACAUUGCCGAGCCCACGGUGUGCACCCACUGCAACAACAAUUUCUGCUUCACUCUGAUACACAAUCGCAGCCACUUCACCGAUAAGCAGAUGAUCAAGCUGCAAGAGUCGCCGGACGACAUGCCGGCUGGUCAGACUCCUCACACGGUGGUGCUCUUCGCGCAUCACAAUCUGGUCGACGCCGUCUCGCCGGGCGAUCGGGUUUCCGUCACCGGCAUAUAUCGCGCGUUGCCGAUACGCGUCAAUCCUCGGCAGUCCAACGUACGAGCUAUCUACAGGACGCACGUCGACGUUGUCCACUUCAGAAAGCAGGACUCAAAGCGUUUGUACGAGCAAGAGGACGGCAAGAAGCAUACGUUUCCACCAGAGAGAGUGGAGCUAUUGAAACUGCUAUCGCAAAAGGAGGACAUAUACGAACGAUUGGCGCGACACAUUGCUCCCAGCAUCUACGAGAACGAGGACGUCAAGAAGGGUAUACUGCUGCAAUUGUUCGGCGGCAGGAAGAAGGAGCAGAGCGAACAGACCAAGAAAUACUUCCGCUCCGAAAUUAAUAUACUUCUGUGCGGAGACCCGGGUACAAGUAAAUCGCAACUGCUACAGUUUGUCUUCAAUUUGGUGCCGCGCUCGCAGUACAGCAGCGGAAAGGGUUCCAGCGCGGUGGGCUUGACCGCGUUCGUAACGAAAGACCCCGAGAGCCGCCAAUUGGUAUUGCAAACCGGCGCCCUGGUGCUCGCGGAUAACGGUAUCUGUUGCAUCGACGAAUUCGACAAGAUGAACGACAGCACGCGCUCGGUGCUGCACGAAGUUAUGGAGCAGCAAACGCUGAGUAUCGCGAAAGCGGGUAUCAUUUGUCAGCUGAAUGCGAGAACUAGUAUUCUGGCAGCGGCCAACCCUUGCGAGUCGCAGUGGAAUAAAAAUAAGACGGUGGUAGAAAACGUCAUGUUGCCGCAUACGCUGAUGUCGCGCUUCGACUUAAUCUUCCUGAUGCUCGAUCCGCAGGACGAGGUGUUCGACAGGAAACUCGCCAGGCAUUUGGUAUCGUUGUACUACAAAUCCGAUUUGGAAGAAGAGGACGACAUCGUGGACAUGAGUAUCCUGCGUGACUACAUAGCUUACGCCAAGGAACACGUUCAGCCUAUACUUAAUGAGGAGAGCCAACAGAGGCUGAUUCAGGCUUACGUCGAUAUGCGCAGAGUAGGAAGCGGUCACGGGCAAAUCACGGCUUAUCCGAGGCAAUUGGAGUCUCUGAUAAGACUCGCCGAGGCACACGCUAAAAUGCGAUUCAGCAGCGUAGUGGAGAUCACGGACGUCGAGGAAGCUUGGAGAUUACAUCGUGAGGCAUUGAAACAGUCCGCCAUCGAUCCACUGAGUGGCAAGAUCGAUAUUAGUAUCCUGACGACUGGCAUGUCGUUGGCAGCGAGAAAGCGUCGGCAGGAGUUGGUCGAGGCGUUGAAGAAGCUCAUCAAGGGCAAGGAUAAGGCACCGACGUUAAAUUACCAGAAGAUUUUCACGGAACUGAAAGAAUCGUCCAGCACGUUGAUGACGCGCGAGAUGUUCGAAGAUGCUCUGAAGGAGCUGCAGGAUGAUGGUGUGGUGAUUGUAACCGGCAAAAAUACCAUUCGCGUUUGUUAAAAAUAACUCACGUUUGCAUCGUGUAUUUUUAGAACAGUAAUAUAUAGUGGUAUACAAACAUUACUAAUAAUCCAUUGAUACUAUGAAUCUUGUAAGAAAUCAUACUGAUAGGACAUUUUUUUACGAUUAUCGAAAUACUUUCCUUGUCUAAUAACAGUGAAACAUUUUUAACAAGC